AUGAAGUUCACUUGGGCGACAACGCUCCUUCUACUCUCCACCAGGGUCGCAUCCCUGACCAUCCCUCAAACCGAGUCUACCGAUCUCAUUGAACGAGACGUGGACUCCCUGGACUCCCUGGACUUCCUGGACUCUAUACAGGACUCUAUCCAGGACCCUUCAGAUAUUACAACCCUCGAGAAACGGCGUGGCGGUGGUGGAGGCCGAGGUGGCGGCGGCAGCAGCGGAGGAAGCAGCGGAGGCCGCACCGGUUCUUCCAGUUCAGGCUCAAGUGGAGGCCGCACCGGGUCUUCUGGUUCUUCUGGCUCAAGUGGCUCCUCUGGCUCAAGUGGCAGUCGCGGUGGUUCAACAAGCAAUGUUGGUGGUACAACCCGUGGCGGCUCUGGCACUCGACCAACCUACGGCGGAGGCAGCUACUACGCGGGUGGUGCACGCACUCCCUACAAAUCUGGCUCCCGGUCUGCUGGAGGAAUCGCCCCCUACCUGAUCGGUGGAGCUGCACUGGGCUUCUUCCCGGGACUUUGGCUGUACGGCGCCUACGCCUACCCCUAUAGUCACCACUACAACUACUACAAUGAUGAUGCUCACAAGAACGAGUCGCUCCCCAUUGUCUGUGUGUGCCAGGAGUACUCGCCGUGUGGAUGCGACAACAACGAUAACCGCACCUACUACGAGUCCCUCUUCAACGGCACCGUGCCCAAGAACUCCAGUCUUGUGCGUGUGGUCGAUGUGAACGGCACUCAGACCAUCUACAUCAAUGGCACCUUGGCCAAUGGUACCACUGCCCCUGACGAAAGCACUAGUACUUCCUCGGCAUCUGGUCCUGUUGCGAUGGUCUUGCAUGCCAGCGGGUACUGGGUGACUGUUGCUGUGGUAGUGGCUGCCGUCUGGGGAUUCUAA